AUGCUGGCAGAUCGCCAGUCGUCUCAGGCCGCUUCCGCCAGUACGCCGUCAAUUGAUGGCCUCAUCAACAGUAUCUCGGAGUUUUUCUAUGAUCCGGAGAACGGUGUUACGUAUGAGUCCUGGUAUCGUCGUUACGAUGACCUGUUCUGA